CGGCGGCGCUCGCUGCCCCACGUCCCGCUCCGCCCAGCGCGCACCGAGCCGGCUGCGCCCGGGACCCCGCGGGGGAGCGCAGGGGACGCGGCGCCAGCCCGGGGGCCCCGAGCCUGAGCGCGCAGGAGGUGGCCAGGGGCACCUGCCAGGCAGAGCAGCCCUGUACAGCGACCCAAUGCAGGAAGACAUGCAGGAGCCCAGGUUCACAGCUGCUGUGAGUGAGAAGCCCAUUCCUCUCCAUUAGCAGGAGCUUUGCGGGUUCUGGAGGGCAGGGGGCGGUGUCAGAGCCAGAGGCGGCUGGAGACCGGCCCCGCUGGGCCCCUGAAUGCUCGAGAGAGACUGUCCCGUUGCCCCUCGUUCCCGGUGGAAGGAGAUUCUGAGACAGUGACAUGGUCAAAGCACGCACCUAGGGCUUGUGCCCACCUGGAGCUGGGCUGAAGCACAGCUGCGCCUUCUUCCGAAUGCACCAGCCCUGGCACCGCUGUAUGCGCAGUUCUGGCUGGAUCACCCUUGCAGAGCUUUCUGUCUCCUCCAGAGAGGGACGUGACGGGCUCGUGGGGGAGCCGUUCAGGUGUGGUGCUGGGCCGCGGUGUAAAACUCUAAGCCCACCAGCCGGCUUUGUGGGGUGGCUGUCCUUGUUCCCACCCUGAAUUCGUCUCUCCGCCUGCCAGCCUUUGCACCUCCUUCCGCCCUUUCCUGCUAGAGCAAAGAGCUGCCAGAAACCUCCCCGUGGCCGUGCUCGGCUGCCCAGCUCAGUGCUCUGUAGCCCCAGCGAACCGUCCUGGUCAGACAGUUCUCAAGCUGCAUCGGGAAACUAGGCAACAGAGCCAUGAGUGAGAGUGUGGAGGGGGCUCCCCAGACAGAUGGAGCCAUGAGUGAGAGCGAGGAGGGGGCUCCCCGCCUGGACAGGAUCGGGCCGGAGAGCGUGGAGGGGGCUGGGACAGAGGAGCUGCAGGGGGACACUUGGUGGAGCCAGCAGCAGACGGAGGGGCAGCGGGGUACCGGCCGCUUCGAGGUGGGGCCGACAAUCUGUGCCGAGUGCGGGGAGAGCUUUGGGGACGACGUGGCCCUGCUGGCCCACCGGGGGACGCCCUGCAGAGGCGCGGCGGCGAAGCCGUUUGGCUGCUCCGGUUGUGGGCGGCGGUUCAGCCGCAGCUCCAACCUGCUGCGCCACCAGCGGGUGCACACGGGCGAGCGCCCCUUCGCCUGUGCUGACUGCGGCCGGUGCUUCAGCCAGAGCGCCCACCUGGCCAAGCACCAGCGCCUCCAUGGCGCCGCGGGGCUCCCCUCCCCGCCGGCGGAACGCAGCUACAGCCGCAGCCCCGAGUUCCUGCGGUUCCAGCGGGCCCACGCCGGGCAGCGCCCCUUCGCCUGCCCCGACUGCGGCAAGCGCUUCGGCGCGGGCUCCUCCCUGGUGCAGCACCAGCGCAUCCACACGGGCGAGCGCCCCUUCCCCUGCCCCGACUGCGGCAAGCGCUUCCUGCGGGCCCCGGACCUGAGCCUGCAUCGGCGCAUCCACACGGGCGAGCGCCCCUUCCCCUGCCCCGACUGCGGCCGGCGCUUCCUCCGUGGCCCCGACCUGGCGCUGCAUCGGCGCACCCACACCGGGGAGCGCCCCUACCAGUGCGGCCAGUGCGGCCGCCGGUUCAGCCGCGGGCCCGGCCUCUUGCUCCACCUGCGCACCCACACCGGGGAGCGCCCCUACCAGUGCACCCAGUGCGGCCGCCGCUUUAACCGCAGGUCCAACCUGGGCCGCCACCUGGCCACCCACAGCACCCCAGGGGGAGAGCCCAGUGCCCAGACCCUCAUGCAGCAGGGAAUCCCUGCGGAGGGGGAGGAGUCCCGAGGGCUGAAGGGGCGGAGCUCGGAGCCUGUGACUCAGCAGGGAAUCCCUGCGGAGGGGGAGGAGUCCCGAGGGCUGAAGGGGCGGAGCUCGGAGCCUGUGACUCAGCAGGGAAUCCCUGCGGAGGGGGAGGAGUCCCGAGGGCUGAAGGGGCGGAGCUCGGAGCCUGUGACUCAGCAGGGAAUCCCUGCGGAGGGGAGGAGUCCGAGGGCUGAAGGGCGGAGCUCGGAGCCUCUCGGGCCUGUGACUCAGCAGGGAAUCCCUGCGGAGGGGGAGGAGUCCCGAGGGCUGAAGGGGCGGAGCUCGGAGCCUGUGACUCAGCAGGGAAUCCCUGCGGAGGGGGAGGAGUCCCGAGGGCUGAAGGGGCGGAGCUCGGAGCCUGUGACUCAGCAGGGUAUCCCUGUGGAGGGGGAGGAGUCCCGAGGGCUGAAGGGGCGGAGCUCGGCGGCUGUGACACAGCAGGGAAUCCCUGCCGAGGGGGAGGGGUCCCAAAGGUGGGAGGGGCGGAGCUCGGCGGCUGUGAUCCCUGCAGAGGGGGCGGAGUCCCAAGGGCUGAAGGGGUGGAGCCCAGGCUCCCUGGGGGCUCCCCCGGGGAAGCGGCACGGCUGCUCGGACUGUGGGAAGGGCUUUGCCCAGCGCUCCCAUCUGCUGGUUCACCAGCGGGUGCACACCGGGGAGCGCCCCUUCCCCUGCCUGGAGUGCGGCAAGCGCUUCAGGCAGAGCUCGGUGCUGGCCCGGCACCGGCGCACCCACACGGGCGAGCGCCCCUUCGCCUGCGGGGACUGUGGCCGGUGCUUUGCGGAGAGCGCGGUGCUGCUCCGGCACCGGGCUGUGCACUCCAGCGAGCGCCCCUACUGCUGCAUGGACUGUGGCCGUGGCUUCAGCCUCCGCGCCAACCUCCUCCAGCACCGGCGGCUCCACGCCCGGCGCCCCCACGUCUGCACUGACUGCGGCAAGGCCUUCAGUGAGGCCGCAGCCCUGGCCGCCCACCGCGGCACCCGGCACGGGGCCGGCAAGCCCUUCACCUGCACCGGCUGCGGCAAGCGCUUUGGCCGCAGCUCCACGCUGGCUCGGCACCGGCGCAUCCAUGCUGAAAGGCCCCAUGAAUGUGCCCGCUGCGGCCACAGAUUUGGGGAGAGCGCCGAGCUGGUGCAGCACCUGCGGGUGCACAGCGAGACCCCCUACGAGUGUGCCCGAUGCGGGGAGCGCUUUGCCCAGAGCCACACGCUGAUCUCACACCAGGCCAUCCACGCCGAGCCCAGCCACGGCCAGAGCCACACUGCCCAUGCCCGCCGGUCCCCCCUUGCCAAGCAUGGGGACAGCGUCCUGCCCAAGUCCCCAGCUGUGUCCCACCAGAGACUCCACACCGGAUAGGAGCCAGGACAGAGCCCUGGAGUCCUGACUCCCAGCAUCCCCCCCCAGCAACCCAUUAGACCCCAUGCCCCUCCUAGAGCCAGGGAUAGAACCCAGGAGCUCUGCUCUGACCCACUAGACCAGGGGCGGGCAAACUUUUUGGUCUCAGGGCCACCUUGGGUUUUGGAAAUUGUAUGAAGGGCCAGAUAGGGGAGGCUGUGACCCUGCCCCCUAUUUCCCCCCCCCCCGAUGGGCCCCUCCCCCAGGACUCCUGCCCCAUCCAACCCUGUUCCCUGAUGGCCCACCCAGGACCCCUGCCCCAUCCACUCCCUGUCCCCUGACCGCCCCCCACCGCCCCAUCCAAUCUCCCCUCCUUCCUGGCUGCUGCCCCUGGACCCCUGCCCCCAUUCAAACCCCCCUCCCCCCAUUCCCCACCCUCUGACCGUCCCAAUCCCAUCCACAGCCCCGCCCCCUGACCACCACUCCGAACUCCCCUGUCCUCUAUCCAACCCCCGCUGCUCCCUGCCCCCUUACCGCCUAGAGCAUCGCACCGGUGUAGCGUAGUAAAUUGCUCCCUGUAACUGCUACCAGUAGCUCAUUCCUACGCGGAGCAGUUUAAUACACUACGCCGGCAGCAUGGCACGCCAAGGCUGCGGGGGGUGGGGGUGGGAGGAACAGCAGGGGAGGGGCCGGGGUCUAGCCUCUGGGCCAGGAGCUCAGGGGCCGGGCAGGAGGGUCCUGUUGGCCGUAGUUUGCCCACCUCUGCACUAAGCCAUGGGUGGGCAAACUACGGCCCGGGGGCUGUAUCCGGCCCUUCAGAUGUUUUAAUCCAGCCCUUGAGCUCCAGCCAGGGAAUGGGGUCAGGGGCUUGCCCCGCUCUGCAUGUGCCGUGGCUCCAUGUGGCUCCUGGAAGCAGCUGAUAUGUCCCCUCUCUGGCUCCUACACGUAGGGGCAGCCAGGGGGCUCUGCCCUUGCCCCAAGCGCCACCCCCGCAGCUCCCAUUUGCUGGGAACAGGCCCAUGGGAGCUGCAGGGAUAGUGCCUGUGGAUGGGGCGGCGUGCAGAACCGCCUGGCUCCCCUACAUGUAGGAGCUGGAGGGCGGACAUGCAGCUGCUUCCAGGAGCUGCUUGAGGUAAGCGCUGCCUGGAGGCUGCAUCCCUGACCCCCUCCCAUGUCCCAGCCCCUCGGUCCCAGCAUGCUCCUGCACCCUGAAUCCCUCAUACCCAGCUCCACCCCAGAGCCUGCACCCCCAGCCAGAGCCCACACCACCCCCCCACACCCCUCAACCACCUGCCCCAGCCUGGAGCCCUCUCCCACACCCUGAACUCAUUUCUGGCCUCUCCCCAGAGCCCACACCCCCCAGCUGGAGCCCUCACCCCCUCCUGCACCCCAACCCCCAAUUUCGUGAGCAUUCAUGGCCCGCCAUACAAUUUCCAUACCCCCAUGUGGCCCUGCCAAAAAGUUUGCCCACCCCUGCACUAGGCCCCACUCCUUCCCCAGAGCCAGGGAUAGAACUGAGGGGUCCUGGCUCCCAACCCCCCCUGCUCUAACCCACUAGACCCCACACCUCUCCCAGAGCCAGGGAUAGAACCCAGGACUCCUGCCUCCCAGCUCCCUGCUCUAACCACCUUGGAGCUUGGCUGAGGGGGCACAUCUGUCCCCGCAGUGCUGUGGGGCUCCAGCCUUUUUGGACCUAAGGGGUGGGCAGGCAGCUCCAUCUGAGUGGGGUCCUUGGGGAACUGUACCUUCCAGAGGCUCAUGUCUUGUGAUACAGAGGCUGUUGGAGACACUGAAUGAAGCAGGUCUAUGUCACGAA